AUGAAUGCAACAAAAGAUUUAGUUUUAACACUUUAUCAAAAUCUUGAAAAUAUCUUAAUCGAUAGCACUGAAGCAGAUAUCGACUUAAAAUCAAAUAUAUUCUAUGAUAAACGUCAUGAUUUUGUUGAAAAAGACAAUAUUUUUAUUAGUACAUCACUUGUUGUACUUUCUGCAGAUUUUCUUCAAACAGUCGGCAAAACAACACUUCUUCAUUAA